CACUUUUCUCUGUCCACUUCCCAACCCUAUAUAUAUCACACUACUACACAUUCACUUCUUCAUCGUCCCAGAGGCUUUCAUAAUUCAAACCUCUCUCUCUCUCUCUAGAAACAGAGAUGACUUGCAAUCUCCAAACAGCCUUCCUUCCUUGUUGCCAGAAAAUAUUUCCAGCAAAAUGGGAAAAUGGGUUUCUUAGAGGGAGAUUAUUAGUGGGCAGCAGUAGUUCGUCUGCCUCCUCUAGCUCUGCUGCAGUGCUAUGCUCAUCAGCGGUUGCUCCUCCCAGGCCUAGCGGUGGCAGCACUGUGAUCAGAAGACAGUCACCACCCUCGCCACCCGCCAAGAAAACAAGAGAAGUAAAGAAAACGUUAACUCGUGAUGAUGAUGAUGAUGAGAAAAUACCAUUGAGUACUGAAAAUUACACAGGACGGUUUGGGAGGUACGGGGGCAAGUUUGUCCCUGAAACACUCAUGGCUUGCUUGACCCACCUCGAAGCUGAGUUCAACUCGGUCUUGCAUGACACUGAGUUUCAGGAGGAGCUCGCGAUGGCGCUAAGGGACUACGUUGGCCGGGAAACACCGCUGUACUUUGCCGAACGGCUCACAAACCACUACAAGAACAUCAACGGCGGAUAUGGGCCGGAGAUUUAUCUCAAGAGAGAGGAUCUCAACCACGGCGGUGCACACAAGAUGAACAAUGCCAUUGCGCAGGCGAUGCUGGCCAAGCGCAUCGGCCGGAAAAGCGUCGUGGCUGCCACCGGAGCCGGCCAGCAUGGGGUUGCGACGGCGGCCGCCUGUGCAAAGCUCUCCCUGGACUGCACCAUCUUCAUGGGCACCACCGACAUGGAGAGACAAUCUUCCAACGUCAUCUUAAUGAAGCUGCUAGGAGCUCAGGUUAAACCUAUAGAAGGAAGUUUCAAGGAUGCAACGUCAGAAGCAAUCCGAAGCUGGGUGGGAGACUUAGAAAGCAGCUACUACUUGACUGGGACGGUGGUCGGACCGCACCCAUGUCCGAGCAUGGUCCGAGAGUUCCAAUCGGUGAUAGGAAAGGAGACAAGGAGGCAGGCAAAGGAGCGGUGGGGAGGGAAACCGGACGUGUUGAUAGCUUGCGUUGGAAGUGGCUCCAAUGCGCUGGGUAUGUUCGAUGAGUUCAUAAGGGAAGAAGGGGUAAGGCUGAUAGGGGUUGAGGCCGGAGGUUUGGGCUUGGAGAGUGGAAAGCACUCCGCAACUAUGGCAAAAGGAGAUGUGGGAGUCUACCAUGGAGCCAUGAGCUACUUGUUGCAAGAUGAAGAAGGCCAAAUUCUAGGGCCACACUCCAUUGGUGUUGGGUUGGAGUAUCCGGGGGUCAGCCCAGAGCUCAGCUUUCACAAAGACACAGGGAGAGUGGAGUUCUACACGGCCACAGACCAAGAAGCCCUUCAUGCUUAUGAGAGACUAUGCAGAUUAGAAGGGAUAUUUCCAGCGCUGGAGGCUGCUCAUGCACUAGCAAUUCUUGACAAGCUCUGCCCUACUUUACCCAAUGCUACUAAAGUUGUGGUGAACUGCAGUGGGCGUGGGGACAAGGAUGCUGCCAUUGUCUUUAAUUAUUGUACUAACAAAGGGUCCAAGGAUAGUCCCAUAUAACUACCGAUAAUAUUUUAUGAUAGCACACAUGUGAUUGACUAAUCACAGUUUAAUAUUCUACUAAAAGAAAAAAAUCAUUUUAGGUGCUUGUAGAAAACUUUAACUUGCGAAUAACCAUGUAAAAUCUGGAUGGAGCAGAGGAAGAAAAAAAAUUCAAUAAUAGUUCAUGCUUUUCACUCUAUUUGUAUUCGUACGGUCCAAACACGUAAUUUUGUUUCCUUAAUAAUAGAUUCGAUAAUGAAAAAUAAUCUGAUUCCCAUCUA